CAGCGUAAACUUCAAAACUUGCCAGAAGAACUUCCUCAGAGAAACCAAAAUAGAGUGGCAGAAAAAUGGCGGCAGAGUCAUCCUCGGCAGCGGCGAUGGUGGAGGAGCUGACUCUAACCGUGAAGUGGAGCGGCAAGGAGUACACUGUCCGUGUCUGCGGGGACGAUUCGGUGGCCGAGUUGAAGCGACGGAUUUGCGAAGUCACCAAUGUACUGCCCAAAAGACAGAAGCUCUUGUACCCUAAAAUCGGCAACAAGCUCGCCGAUGAUACCGUUAUCCUCUCCCAGCUUCCCCUCAAGUCUUCGCUCAAGAUGACGAUGAUUGGGACUGUGGAGGAUGACAUAAUUGUUGACCCAGUGGAUGACCCGGAGAUUGUUGACGAUUUUGAGCUUGGGCAAGAUGAAGCUGUCGAAAUUAAGGACAAGGAAGUUAACAAGAUGAAGUUGAAGAGGCGUGUAGAUCAAUACAAGGUAAAGCUCUCAACUUUUUUAUGUCGCUCGAUCUACAGUAGCGGAAUGAGCUAUUGAAGGACUACAUUUUUUCCUCUUCUAGAAUCUAGAUUGAGGUUUAUUUGCUCACUUGAGUUGAGGUGACAUUCUGUGUUAAUUACGCCAAGUUCCUGGUAUGGUGUCAUCGGGGUAUCGUUUUCCCUUAACUGUAGCUGCUGGUUUGAGCACAAUUCUUGCUAUUUCAAACUGCAGCCUCUCUUGGAAGAAACCACCGAUUUAGUUUGGGAACUUUAACAUGUGCUUCGCAUCCGUUCAGGAUGUUACAGAGUUAUGCAAAUUUACUGAUGCUUCUUGAUCUGUUGUCUGAUUUCAUGCCAUUUAGAGCUUAUUAACGAAAUUGGCUCUUUUUUUUGUUGCGCUCUAGAUCAAGCUCCGUAAUCCGUGUCGUGUGGGAAAGAAGUUGCUCGUGCUGGAUAUUGAUUACACCCUUUUUGAUCAUCGAUCAACAGCGGAGAACCCUAUGCAACUAAUGCGCCCUUGUGAGCGAACUGUUGUAGCUAAAUGUGAUCUUAUGUUUUCCCCCCGUGUACUGUUUUCUAACAUCAGUUUCUUCAGAUCUUCAUGAGUUCCUUACAGCAGCUUAUACAGAAUAUGAUAUAAUGAUAUGGUCCGCAACUAGGUUUGAUAUCUUUCCCUACAUUCCAGUUCUAACCUAUUAUGGUGAUUCCUUGUCAUAUCAAUCAUUUUUCUUUGCCAAUGCUAUAUAGCAAACCCCGCGUAUUUUGCGAUCUUAGUUCCUUAAUUUAUACUUGCUUCUAGUGGUGUGAACAUGGUAAUUCUUAUUAUUUCCCUAUUCAGUCUUCAAGACAACAUAUAAGGAACUUCAACUACAGAAUUCCGUCUAGUGCUGAUCAAUAUGGACAAUUUCUUUCUUGCAUGAUCAGGGUGCAAAUUCCCUUCCUAUAAACUUAAUUAUGUGUUUUUGUGCAGCAUGAAGUGGGUUGAACUGAAGAUGGGAGAGCUUGGAGUACUAAGUAACCCCAAUUACAAAAUUACUGCUCUCCUGGACCAUUUAGCAAUGAUUACAGUGCAAUCUGAUGCUCGUGGGAUCUUUGACUGCAAGCCGCUUGGAUUAAUAUGGGCUCAUUUCCCCGAGUUUUACAGUAAGAAGAACACCAUCAUGUUCGAUGAUCUAAGACGGAAUUUUGUUAUGAACCCGCAAAAUGGGUUGACAAUUAAGCCCUUCAGGAAGGCUCAUGCCAACCGAGAUAGUGACCAAGAGCUCGUGAAGCUAACAGAGUACCUUCUUGCUAUAGCUGAACUAGAUGAUAUAAGCACCCUGGAUCAUUCCAAAUGGAAGUACUAUGCAGAGGAUGGCUUGAAAAGGCGUAGACAUGCAUAAAGUUGCACUAAUGGACUCCAGAGAUGCUUUUGUGCCGCUUCAGGUCUCUCCUGAGGUUAUGUGCUUUUGCUCAAUGCGCCGCACUCACAAGGAUCACUCCAAAUGGAACUACUGUUUUUGCUCCUCUCCAGCAACUAUGGCGAUAACUAUGUGUACCUUCAUCAUCUCAACCAUUCAGGGCUGGGACGGUUUUGAUCCGAUGGAUCCUCAGGCCAACAUAACAAUCAAAUGGGAUCUCCUGCUAUCAACGGGCAGCUCUGAUACGGUGAAAGUAACAAUACUAAACUUCCAAAAGUACAGACACAUAGAAGCACCAGGGUGGAAGCUAGGGUGGGACUGGAAGGGCAAGGAGGCCAUAAGUGCCAUAUUUGGAGCUGAAGCAACACAGCAAGGUGACUGCUCUAGAUUCAAGGGUCAAGAACUCCCACAUUGUUGCGAUAAGCACCCGGUCAUCAUCGAUCUCUUGCCCGGAGCUCCGUACAAUACACAGUUCCAGAACUGCUGCAAAGGAGGAGUCCUGUCGUCCAUGACACAGGACACUUCAAAGUAUGGAGCAUCUUUCCAGAUUUCCACUAUAGGGAGCACUGCUUCCAACUACUCCGAUUUCGUAAUGGUUGAGAAUUUCACCCUUGGAUUGCCUGGCUACACUUGUGGGCAGCCUUUUGAGGUCCGACCCACCAAGAUUCCUGUCGAUGGUGGCCGCAGAUGGACUCAAGUUCUCAGGACAUGGAAUGCGGUGUGUGGUUACUCCUCGUUCUUAUCAUCACCAUCUCCAAAAUGCUGUGUUUCGAUGUCAGCUUUCUAUGAUAGCAGAAUUGUUGAUUGCCCUCAAUGCAGCUGUGCAUGCCAAGGACAGCCAGGCUCCAAAUGCGUCCAGAUGAAGGAGACACCACCUCUGCUGCAGCAAAAGCACGAUCCAAACGAGGAGCCUCCUCCAUUGGUGAGAUGCACAGACCACAUGUGCCCCAUACAGAUUCAUUGGCAUGUAAAGGAGAGUUACAGACAGUAUUGGAGAGUGAAGAUGACCAUCAGAAACUGGAACAUUAUCAAGAACUACUCCCAGUGGAACAUGGUUGUCUUGCACCCUAACUUGAAGAACAUAACUACGGUUUUCAGCUUCAGCUAUGCGUCACUCAAUGACUUUCGCACCACCAACGAUAGCGGGAUGUUUUGGGGGAUCAAGUACUAUAACGACAUGCUUCUACAAUCUGGGAAUGGUGGGAAUGUUCAAAGCGAGAUGCUGCUGGCAAAAGAGCCAGGGUUUAGUUUCGGUGGAGGAUGGGCUUUCCCGAGAAGGAUUAUGUUCAACGGAGAUGAAUGUGUAAUGCCACAGCCAGAUGAUUAUCCCAGGCUCCCUAAUGCUUCUCCUCUUCCCUUUGUAUAUCCAUUCCCUCUGUCGCUCGUCUUCUCCACUUUUCUCUUCCUUUUGUUCUUCUGCUAGUUCUUUUGGCUGGCUCUGCUGAAAGUCACUGAUCUCCUGUAACGGAGGAUGGAAUGGAAACUAUUCUCAGCAACGGCCUAGUUAUCUCCUUGCCUAAUGACUUUGUUUAGUUGGGGAAUGUGCAGGAACCUUCAUUUCAAGCUAAUCUUUAGGUGAGCUGUAUAUUAACAAACUAUAAUCCAACCUAAGAACUGCUCCAUAAACUC